AGACGAAUCCUUUCAUAAUUUUCCCACCGUUUGUACAUCGCAAUGGCGUAUAGAAUAAUAAACAAAAAUUUUUAAGUCUUUGGAGAUUUAAAUUAACUUUGCGAUAUCCAUGGUAACUGACUGAAAGAAGUAUUAACGAUGCAUAUUAAGCAGGUUAUCAUACAAGGUUUCAAAAGCUACAGAGACCAAACUGUAGUAGAACCAUUCGAUAAAAGACACAACGUAGUCGUGGGUCGUAACGGCUCAGGAAAGAGUAACUUUUUUUAUGCCAUUCAGUUUGUACUUAGUGAUGAAUACUCUCACCUUCGACCAGAACAGAGACAAGCUUUGCUACACGAAGGCACAGGGCCGCGGGUUGUUUCAGCUUAUGUUGAAAUUAUUUUUGACAAUAGCGAUUCCAGAGUUCCUAUUGAACAUGAAGAAAUAUAUUUGAGAAGAGUAAUUGGAGCUAAAAAGGAUCAAUACUUUUUGAACAAAAAAGUUGUGCCACGGAGUGAGGUCAUGAAUUUGUUGGAGUCUGCUGGAUUCUCCAACUCAAAUCCAUACUACAUUGUAAAGCAAGGAAAGAUCAACCAAAUGGCAACUGCACCAGAUGCACAUCGUCUCAAAUUACUCCGAGAAGUAGCCGGAACGAGAGUAUAUGAUGAAAGACGUGACGAGUCUAUGAGCAUUCUCAGAGAAACUGAAGUUAAGGUAGGAAAAAUCGAGGAGUUUCUACGUACCAUCGAAGAACGUCUCAGCACUCUGGAAGAGGAAAAGGAGGAACUGAAGCAGUACCAACACUUUGACAAGAUUCGCAGGGCUCUAGAAUAUAUUAUUCACGAAGUAGAACUAAAUGAAAACAAAAAAAAACUUGCCGAAUUGGAAAAACAAAGGAAUGAAUCUGGAAAGGAACAGAAAAACUUGGCAGAUAACCUCAAAAAAGCCCAAGAAAAUAUUAAAACCUUGAAUAAGAAGACUAAAGACACCAAGAAGGAGCUAGCUGCUUUGAAAGAAGAGCGGGACAUUCUUACAAACGAUAAUCAGCACUUGAUAAAGGAGAAAGCCAAAUUGGAUUUGACUAUCAAAGACUUGUCAGAAGAAGUACAGGGUGACAGUAAAUCAAAAGAGAGAGCUGAAAAUGAACUGGCUCGAUUAACACAAUCAAUAAAAGAAAAAGAAGGUGAAUUGGAGAAGGUUAGGCCACAAUACGAAGCAAUGAAAAAACGUGAAGAGGAAUGUACCAGAGAGUUAGCUCUCAAAGAGCAGAAACGAAAGGAACUCUACGCAAAACAAGGACGGGGAAGUCAGUUCACUUCCAAAGACGAUCGUGACAAGUGGAUUCAGCAAGAGUUGAAAUCCUUGAAUAAACAAUUGAAGGAUAAAAAGGAACAUCGAGACAAAUUAGAAGCUGAUUUGAAAAGAGAUGCAGCUAAGACUAUUGAAUUGACUAAAAAAAUUGAGGAACAGUCUCAAGAAUUGGAGAGACAGAAGAAUUUUAUUGACGAACACAACAAACAGUGUUAUGAUUUGAAAAAGAACAAAGAUCAGUUUCAGGCUACAAGAAAUGAGCUGUGGCGUAAAGAAAACAAUGUACAGCAAAAUCUCUCUUCCUUAAAAGAAGAACUCGCCAAAGCUGACCAGCAACUUAGAUCGAUGGCUGGAAAACCCAUCCUGAACGGUCGUGAUAGUGUCGCUAAAGUUUUGAAAACUUUCAUUGAUCGAGGUGGACGAGAAGCUGAGAUUGCCAGGCAUUAUCACGGUCCCGUUAUUGAGAACUUCGACUGCGAAAAAAGUAUUUAUACAGCUGUGGAAGUUACAGCUGGGAACAGACUUUUUCACCAUGUUGUGGAUACUGAUAUAAUUGGUACCCAGAUUUUAAAGGAGAUGAACAGACAGAAAUUGCCGGGGGAGGUUAAUUUUAUGCCUUUGAAUAGGCUCAAUGUUAGGGAACAAGAUUAUCCUGAAGACUCGGAUGCAAUUCCAAUGGUAUCAAAACUGCAAUAUGAUGCAAAAUACAACAAAGCCAUGCGUUAUUUAUUCGGCAAAACUCUGAUCUGCCGUAACAUGGAAGUAGCUACCAAACUGGCUCGAAAUACAGGUUUGGACUGUGUAACCUUGGACGGUGACCAAGUCUCCUCUAAAGGAUCCCUAACCGGAGGUUACUUCAAUGCAUCCAGGAGCAGACUUGAAAUGCAGAAAACUCGCAGUGAAACUCAGCUUCAAAUAGCACAGUGCGAGCAAGAGUUGAUGUCACUCAGGUCGGAAUUAUCGAAAACUGAGUCGUCCAUCAAUACCAUAGUUUCUGAAAUGCAAAAGACUGAGACCAAGAACAGCAAAGCGAAAGCUAUCUACGAUAAGGUGAAAGGGGAACUUCGACUUAUGCGAGAGGAGUUGUCUAACAUCGAGCGUUUCCGAGGGCCUAAAGAGCGUUCAUUGACUCAAUGCAAAUCAAGUUUGGAGGCGAUGCAAACGACAAAAGAAGGUUUGGAGUCGGAGUUGCACCAAGAACUUCUUGCACAACUAUCAGUCCACGAUCAAUCUCAAGUGGAUUCUCUCAACGAUGACAUCCAGCGCCUGCAGAGAGAGAAUAAGGAGGCUUUCAGCACUCGAAUGAAGUUAGAAGCGGAGAAAAAUAAGUUGGAGAACUUGUUGACGAAUAACUUGAUUCGACGCCGAGACGAAGUUUUGCAUGCCUUGCAGGAGAUUUCUUUGGAGGAUAGGAAGAGGCAUUUGGUUAAUAGCAAAGCGGAAUUGGAGGAGAUUGAUAAGAAGAUUGAGAAAGUUAAUAAAGACUUGAAUGCGAUGGAGAACAAGGUUAAAGAUAUGACGAAAAGGCUGAAAAAUGAACAAACUGAGUUGGAGAACUGGAAGAAGAAGGAGAGAGAUGCACAAGAUAGGAUAGAUGAGGAUGCUAAACAUCUUGAGAAGUUUGCUACAAAGCAGAACCUUUUGGAACAGAAGAUUGCCGAAUCUGUGGAAAAAAUUAACCAACUGGGUGCUCUUCCUGCUCAAGAUCUGUAUUCCCAUUAUAUCAAAAUGUCUUCCAAAUCCCUUUUUAGAGAAUUAGAAAAGGCUAAUAACCAAUUGAAAAAGUUCAGUCAUGUGAACAAAAAGGCGCUUGACCAGUUCAUGAGUUUUUCAGACCAAAAAGAGAAACUGCAAAAGAGGAAGGAGGAAUUGGAUAGAGGAGAUGAGAAAAUCAAGGAACUAAUACAAAUGUUGGAACAAAGGAAAAUGGAGGCCAUCCAGUUCACUUUCAAACAGAUCUCCAAAUUCUUUACAGAAGUCUUCAAGAAGUUGGUUCCUGCAGGUCGGGCCAAACUGGUCUUGAAGACCGUUGACCAUGAAGAAGGCCACGAGAUUGGCCCAGACGAUAGAAACGCAGACAACUUCACCGGAAUUGGCAUAAAAAUAUCUUUCACAGAGGCUGACCAUGAGAUGAAAGAAAUGAACCAGUUGUCUGGAGGUCAGAAAUCGUUGGUAGCCCUUGCUCUGAUUUUCGCUAUUCAGAAAUGCGAUCCAGCACCUUUCUACUUGUUUGAUGAAAUUGAUCAAGCUUUGGAUCCGUCUUAUAGAAGAUCGGUAGCGAAUAUGAUUCACGAGUUGUCUGGCGAAGCACAAUUCAUCACGACAACUUUCAGGCCGGAGUUGCUGGAACACGCUAAUAAAUUUUAUGGUGUUAAAUUCAGGAAUAAGGUGAGCCACGUUGAAUGCGUGAGCAGGGAAGUUGCGAGAGAUUUCGUCGAAGAUGAUCAGACACAUUCGUAAAGUCCUUUUGUUUUUUAAAAUAAUUCAUGUUUGUAAGUUAUAAGUUUAGCUGUCAUAUUCUAGUUCGUUUGUAAUGAAAUUUGUGAACGUUAUUUGGUAGAUGUAAGGUUUCAAAGUGUUUAUUUAAUUUUAUAAAUAAAAUAUUUUCUAUUUUG